ACUUCGGAAUUGAACUUCCCUGAGAUUGAUUCUCUUGCUUUCCAAAGAUGUCAUUUGAGUGGGCAGAUCUGCCCUGUGAAUGCUGGGAAUUGAUCCUCCGAUCACUCAAGCACCGCCGUGACUACGACUCUGUAUCUUUGGUUUGCAAGGGAUUCUACUCUAUCACCAGGCGCCUUCAAUCCUCUCUCACCCUCUACCACUCAACAACUCCGUUCCUUCCUCGGUUCUUUGUCAGAUUUCCCGCUCUCAAGUUCAUCGAUCUCAGUAACUUCACUGGCGAUCUCAAUUCCGUGCUUGCUCUAAUUUCAAAAUCUCGACUGGCAAUCGAUUCCCUCGACAUCUCCAAUCAGAAAUCCCUUCCUGUGGACGGACUGCGAAAAUUGGGUUCCAAGAUGAGAGAUAAUAUCAGGGUUUUGAUCUGUUCCAAUAUUCGCGACCUUCAGGAUAGCGAUCUUGUCGUCAUAGCUGAUUCCUUCCCGCUUCUUGAAGAGCUCGACAUUGGCUUCCCCGAAUUUGAUAACAAAUUUGCCGUAUCUGAUUCUGGGUUCACGGCGAUGACUAUGAGGCUGAAAAAUCUACGCAGAGUCGAAAUUGGUAAUUUCUUCAUCACAGAUGUCUCUCUUCAUUCUCUGUUCGCGAACUGUGAGUUUCUGAGAGAAGUCGCACUUGAAGGUUGCAGCUUCUUAUCUCAAGUGGGCGUUGCUUCCGCAAUCCUCAAGAGACCGUAUCUCAUUUCUAUCUCCCUCAGUAAUAUCAAGGAUCUAUGCCUACCCAUUAUUUCAGAUUUUAUUGAUUCACUGAGGAUUUUGAAAAGUUUGACCGUUUUUGAAUUUGUACAUGUCUCUGUAUCGGAUGAGUUGCUCUGUUCAAUGGCAGAUGCCGAUCUUCCAUUGAGUAAAUUGAUCCUCAGUAAAUGUUCCGGCUAUACAUAUGCUGGAAUAGCUUGCUUGUUGGCAAAAUGUCAAUCAGUUCAAUACUUGGAUCUUCAGAAUGCUAAACUCACAGAUCAAGAUAUGAGAGAAUUAUCUUUGUUUCUUCGUAAUGUGACCUUCAUAGACCUCAGUUUUUCUUCGAAGCUGACCAAUUCAACAUUUCUAGCUCUCACAAGAAACUGCCCUUUGCUUAGUGAGAUAAGAAUGGAGAGGACGGCUCUUGGGACAGAAGGCCUAAAAGACGAUAGUUUGAAGGAUUUUGUUUUCGACUCUCGAGUAAAGACUCUCUAUUUGGGCGGUAACUUUAAAUUAAAGGACGAAGAUGUCAAAGGGUUUGUUUCAGUGUGUCCCAGUUUAGAGCUUCUCGACAUAAACACUUGUUGGAAUAUCACCAAAGGUGUAUUUGAAGCUUUAAGGGACUGCCUUAAGAUUACUCAUCUAAGCUUGGCUGGCUGUGCAGCGGUGACUGGAUUUGAGAUAGGAUUUGAAUUACCCAAACUGGAGGUGAUGAACUUGUCGCAAUCAAGGAUUGAUGACGAAGCCCUUUCAAUAGUUUCAAAGACUUGUUGUGGGCUAACACACUUGGAGUUGCAGAAUUGCUUUAAUGUGACAUCAAAUGGAGUGAGGUACGUGGUGGAAAAAUGCACAAGACUGAGAGACAUAAAUUUGAAGCACUGUAAUAAAGUGAGUGCUGAUAUUAUUCCUUGGAUGGUAUGUUCAAGCUCUUCAUUGAGAAAAAUAAUGGCUCCCCCCAGUUUUCGUGCUAGUGAGAGCCAGACAAAACUCUUCUUGCGGCAUGGAUGCCGUGUUUGUUAGUAAUUAAUAGACUCUGAAGGGCUUCCCUGAUAUGUAAAAUAUGUCUUCAUUUAUCCAUGGCAAAGUGGAAAACAGUGUUUUUCUGUUUCUUGUGUUAAUGAAGUUGGAGAAGAUCAAAGUUUUCUUCGAGAUUGUUAUAAA